ACACUUAUGACAGUUUGCAUCAAAAUUAUGCUGACCAAGUCAAAACCUUAACUAUGAGGCAAAAACACUGGUUACUCCUCCUAAUAUUUUUCUUAGGAGUUUGUUUACUAUUUGUCUCCCGAAAUCCUGGACAUUUCAGCAAGUUGGAUUCAGAAAUGGAGCGGGCUCUUCUCGAAACUCGUGAGCUCUCUGAGAUGGGAGUAUUUUUGGCCAGCCAGAAGCGCCGUGUUCUGAGGGUGCGAGAAGCGUGUGCCCAAGGCGUCAGUAAGGUGUCAUACAAACUUGCUCUCUACAACCUCAUCGCCGAUAAGGAGCAGUCGAUUCUUUUUUGCCCGAUUUUCAAAUCUGCAAGCACUUCAUGGCUGAUAGCGCUGCUGGAGAUGCGAGGAGAGUGGACUCCUCAAAACACGCCUGACGACCUCAAUGCCAUCAGAAAAAGAGUGUACAAAAUCUUAAUGGGUUUCACGCCGAGUGACCAGGAUAUUUUUUAUCAAAAUCGAUUCUUGGUGGUUCGUCAUCCGUUCGAACGACUCGUGUCCUGUUAUCGGGACAAGUUCGAGAAUGCCAACAAACCUUACUACCAUGAACUGCACGGCAAGAGAAUGAUGCGCAUGUACAGAGAUCUUGGAGACAACCCGGUUUCCAGAACUGAGGUGAACAAUUUGAUGGCUAGAGCGGAUGCCGACCCGGACCGCGAGAGGGUUUUGGGUAACCCCUUUGCCAACCCGGUGGGACCAACCUUUACGGAGUUCAUCAAAUACGUCGUGUCGAAACACUCCGAUGACGAACACUGGACGCCUUACCACCAUCAAUGCGCCCCCUGCUCCAUAGACUACAAUUUUAUCCUCAAGUUCGAGAACCUUAACAAGGAGAACGCCCAAUUCCUGCAGCGCCUGAACGCAGGAGCAGAUGUUGGGCAGCGGAAGGAUAACAUCUUCAGUGGUCCCCCUACUGCCGAAGUUGCCUGUUCUUAUUUCUCUCAACUGGACACCGCACUUUUAUAUCAAUUGACCAAAAAAUACGAGCCUGAUUUUAAACUCUUUGGGUACACUCCAAACGAGUACCUUAAAUGCUCCGAUGAAUAUAUUCAGCCAUGAUUUUAAUGAAAUGUAAAUUUAAUUAUAUUAA